GCCAGUGAGCAAAGUCCAGGAAGAAAUUUCUAGGCACUGUCUGGGAUAGAAACGAUAACACUUUUGAUCGUUACACCCUCCGAAGAGUUUGUCGUCUAAACGUCUGGUUGUCACUUACCUGUCAAGAUGGCUGAUAACAGGGAUAAAGCUACUGAUCAAAUGAAGAUAUGGAGGGAGCGCAGAGGCGUUCAGAGACCUGACACUCUGACCACAGGGGCAGGCCAUCCGAUUGGAGACAAACUAAACGAGCAGACUGCAGGACCAAGGGGCCCUCUGCUGGUCCAGGAUGUGGUGUUCACAGAUGAGAUGGCCCACUUUGACCGGGAACGAAUCCCAGAGAGAGUGGUGCACGCCAAAGGGGCGGGGGCGUUUGGUUACUUUGAGGUGACUCAUGACAUCACUCGCUACACCAAGGCCAAGUUGUUCGAACAUGUCGGCAAGACAACACCUAUCGCAAUCCGCUUCUCCACUGUGGCUGGUGAGUCAGGCUCAGCAGACACAGUGCGGGACCCCCGAGGCUUUGCAGUCAAGUUUUACACCGACGAGGGUAACUGGGACCUGACUGGCAACAACACCCCCAUCUUCUUCAUCAGGGACGCCUUGCUGUUCCCGUCCUUCAUCCACUCCCAGAAGCGCAAUCCUCAGACCCACAUGAAAGACCCUGACAUGGUGUGGGACUUCUGGAGCUUGAGACCUGAGAGUCUGCAUCAGGUGUCUUUCUUGUUCAGUGAUCGGGGUCUGCCUGAUGGUUACCGUCACAUGAACGGCUACGGCUCUCAUACCUUCAAGCUGGUCAACACCAAUGGCGAGGGUCUCUACUGCAAGUUUCAUUUCAAGACUGAUCAAGGCAUUAAGAACCUGCCAGUCGAGGAGGCUGACCACCUGGCUUCCACCAACCCAGAUUACGCCAUUGGAGACUUGUUCAACGCCAUCGCCAAUGGAAACUACCCAUCCUGGACCUUUUACAUCCAGGUCAUGACCUUUGAGGAGGCCGAGAAGUUCCACUUCAACCCCUUUGAUCUUACCAAGGUUUGGUCACACAAAGAGUACCCUCUGAUCCCCGUGGGCAGGCUGGUGCUCAACAGGAACCCAGCUAACUACUUUGCAGAGGUGGAGCAGCUGGCCUUCGAUCCCAGCAACAUGCCACCAGGCAUCGAGGCAAGCCCAGACAAGAUGCUGCAGGGCCGACUCUUCUCCUAUCCAGACACACAUCGGCACCGGCUGGGAGCCAACUACCUUCAGCUCCCAGUCAACUGUCCAUUCAGGACCCGUGUGAGCAACUACCAGCGCGAUGGUCCAAUGUGCAUGUUUGACAACCAAGGUGGAGCCCCAAACUACUACCCCAACAGCUUCAGCGCUCCUGAAGUCCAGCCUCGGUGUGUGGAGUCCAAGUUCAAGGUGUCCCCAGAUGUGGGUCGUUACAACAGUUCAGAUGACGACAAUGUCACACAGGUCCGGACGUUCUACACCCAGGUACUGAAUGAGGAGGAGCGGCAGAGACUUUGCAAGAACAUGGCCGGAGCCCUGAAGGGGGCUCAGCUCUUCAUCCAAAAGCGCAUGGUGGAGAACUUGAAGGCUGUCCAUCCAGACUAUGGAAACAGGGUUCAGACCCUUCUCAACAAGUUCAACAGCGAGGUCCAGAAGAACACAUCCGUGCGUGUCUACAGCCGUCCAGGAGUCUCCGCCGUAGCUGCGUCCUCUAAGAUGUGAUGCCUUAAAUUUCCAGCGGGGGCAGCACCCUCACAUGUCUAAGAGCAAAAUGCACUUCUUGAUUACCAACUGCUACUACUAGUAACAAGAUUGGAUUAUUCACCUAAUAUAGGGACAUGAAUGAAACACUGACUCUUCGUGUCGGGGUUGGGGUUAUUUCAUGUUUAAUUCACUCAAACCAAACAGUCUUUAAAAUCGUUAAGCUUUCAAUUUCCAAAAAAGAUCUCUUUCUGAUCACUCUAAAUUGCCCGUAGGUGUGAGUGUGUGCAUGAAUGGUUGUCUGUCUCUCCGUGUUAGCCCUGUGAUAGGUUGGCGACCUUCCAGGGUGUACCCUGCCUUCCGCCCAAAGCCAGCUGGGAUAGGCUCCAGCCCCCCGUGACCCCUAAUGGGAUAAGCGGUCAAGACAAUGGAUGGAUGGAUCUCUUUCUGAUCAAAUCAUUUGAGGCUAAUGUGUUUGAUUGAACAUCCAAUCUGGAAAAAAAGAUCACUAGCAUUUGUGUGCUUUUUUUGAAAUUGAAGCAAAGAUCAAGUAUCUCAUUUUUGACCUUAUAGAAUAUAUCUGAAACAUUCUAAAUUAUAGGGCUUGACUUUUACCAAAUAAAGAGAGUAAUGUAUAUUUUUCUUCCAGUAUUGGUUUGAUUGGAUUAUAAAGUUAAACCCCAACUUCUUUCAAGUAGUAGUAUGAUGAGAUUGUUGCCAAUAAUUUCUCAGGUUGUGUAAACUAAUAUGUUGGAAUAAUGCAAAUUUGUAACAAACAAAUCCAGCUGUUCAUCUUUAAACAAUCAAGUACAAUGUUGUGCCUGACUGCAUGAACCUUGAAUUUUGUUUGUAUGAUUGGCUUGUGGCUUUAGCAGUAUUUUUUUCACUGUGGUUGAUGAUCAGGUUUUUCAUGGCCUAGUUUCUCUCACGAUUGACUGAACCUCUGACCACAAAAACUGAACAUUGUGUUUUCACAUGAAGUGUCAGUCGUUAUUUUCACUUCAUCUAAAGUCUGUCGUGCCUUUUUGUACUAAAAGUACCAAAUACAAAUGGCUUUAACCUUAACUCAAUGAUCAGAGAUUAGCUGCUCUGUUUAUUAGUGCUUUCAGUUACCUUAGAGUUAAUUUGGUAGAUUAACAGUGAAUAUUUAUCUUCUGAAAUAAGAGAAGACAGAUUAUUCCAGAUUUAGAGUUAAGGUUUAAAAUUAUGUUUGCAGACCCCAGAAAGGACACAAACAAAUGAAUGUGUCACCGUCCGAUAUGCUGUAUAACCUGUUUGUGUUUGAUUUCUUAACCCUCAAAUGUGUUUAAAAAAAAUAUUCCAUGAAUGUUUAAAUUGGGACACUGUUUCAGAUGAGAUGUGUAUUUAGUGCCUGUAUUAAUUUGUAAUCAAAGCUUAACAGCAGCUUGUAUUUGUCUCUGUUUCUUUCCUUUUAAAGCACAUUUUCCCUCGGUUCAGAGCAGUGUGAGGAGUGAAACUGAAAAAAAGUUUAGCUAAAUAACUACAAAUGUUUUCAUUUUAUGUGCAAAUCAAACUACUGACAAGCAGUACUAACUGAACUUCUGACAUCAUUUCUGUUUCUGUUUGAGCUUCCCUGUGCUAAGAAAGUAUUUCAAUUCAACCUCAUACAUACAAAACUUCAAUCAAUCAAUCUUUAUUUAUAUAGCAUUAAAUCACAACAAACGUUAUCUCAAGACUCUUUACAAACAGAACAGGUCUAGACCGUACUCUCUGAUCUAUUAUUAACCAGUGUUCUAGUACUUGAGUCCGACUCGAGUCACGUUUUGCAGGACUCGUGACUUGACUUGGACUCGAGCACUGAUCACUCAUGACUUGACUUGGACUCGAGCACUGAUGACUCGUGACUUGACUUGGACUCGAGCACUGAUGACUCAUGACUUGACUUGGAGUCGAGCACUGAUGACUCAUGACUUGACUUGGAGUCGAGCACUGAUGACUCGUGACUUGACUUGGACUCGAGCACUAAUGACUCAUGAUUUGACUUGGACUCGAGCACUGAUGACUCGUGACUUGACUUGGACUCGAGCACUGAUGACUCAUGAUUUGACAUGGACUCGAGCACUGAUGACUCGUGACUUCACAUGGACUCGAGCACUGAUGACUCAUGAUUUGACAUGGACUCAAGCACUGAUGACUCGUGACUUAACAUGGACUCGAGCACUGAUGACUCGUGACUUGACUUGGACUCGAGCACUGAUGACUCGUUACUUGACAUGGACUCGAGCACUGAUGACUCGUGACUUGACUUGGACUCGAGCACUGAUGACUCAUGAUUGGACAUGGACUUGAGCACUGAUGACUCGUGACUUGACAUGGACUCGAGCACUGAUGACUCGUGAUUUGACAUGGACUCGAGCACUGAUGACUCGUGACUUGACUUGGACUCGAGCACUGAUGGCUUAUAGAUUGAUUCAGACUGUUUUAAUGUUCACGUUAGAUUUUAUAUGUUUCAUAAAAUGUAUUCCGUUCAGAGUAUCUCAUUUUUGACCUUAUAGAAUAUAUCUGAAACAUUCUAAAUUAUAGGGCUUGACUUUUACCAAAUAAAGAGAGUAAUGUAUAUUUUUCUUCCAGUAUUGGUUUGAUUGGAUUAUAAAGUUAAACCCCAACUUCUUUCAAGUAGUAGUAUGAUGAGAUUGUUGCCAAUAAUUUCUCAGGUUGUGUAAACUAAUAUGUUGGAAUAAUGCAAAUUUGUAACAAACAAAUCCAGCUGUUCAUCUUUAAACAAUCAAGUACAAUGUUGUGCCUGACUGCAUGAACCUUGAAUUUUGUUUGUAUGAUUGGCUUGUGGCUUUAGCAGUAUUUUUUUCACUGUGGUUGAUGAUCAGGUUUUUCAUGGCCUAGUUUCUCUCACGAUUGACUGAACCUCUGACCACAAAAACUGAACAUUGUGUUUUCACAUGAAGUGUCAGUCGUUAUUUUCACUUCAUCUAAAGUCUGUCGUGCCUUUUUGUACUAAAAGUACCAAAUACAAAUGGCUUUAACCUUAACUCAAUGAUCAGAGAUUAGCUGCUCUGUUUAUUAGUGCUUUCAGUUACCUUAGAGUUAAUUUGGUAGAUUAACAGUGAAUAUUUAUCUUCUGAAAUAAGAGAAGACAGAUUAUUCCAGAUUUAGAGUUAAGGUUUAAAAUUAUGUUUGCAGACCCCAGAAAGGACACAAACAAAUGAAUGUGUCACCGUCCGAUAUGCUGUAUAACCUGUUUGUGUUUGAUUUCUUAACCCUCAAAUGUGUUUAAAAAAAAUAUUCCAUGAAUGUUUAAAUUGGGACACUGUUUCAGAUGAGAUGUGUAUUUAGUGCCUGUAUUAAUUUGUAAUCAAAGCUUAACAGCAGCUUG